AAUAGGUUUAAUACAGGGAUGAAGGUAUCUGUUAAAAGAAUCGUUUGAACAAUAUUUAUAUUUAUUUUUUUUUUUUUUUACAUCGGAAACGAUUCAAUUAGAAUCGAUUUAGAUUUUAGAUUUUUUAUAAAAUUAAUAUUCCCGUAAUAUAUAAGAUUCUAUAAGAAAAUAACUGAACCGUGGAUUGUGUCGGUUAGAGUCAAUUUGACAAUAUAGUCCAUGUCGAAGCGAUUAAGCAGGAAUCAGUGACGGUGUCGGUUAAACACGGAAACCAAUUGGUGCAAUGGCAAGCUCGUCGAUGCUGUUGACGUUUUCCUCGGCAGGAGAAGGAUGAGAAACAGGAGGAGUAGGAGGAACAGGAACAGGAAGAGGAAGAGGAAGAGAGACGAAUCGAAGGUAGUAACGUUUUGGUGUUAACUGGGUCAAACCACAGAUUACUUUCUGGCUAACCGUGAGACGUUAGGAGAGGAGAACGCAACUAGCACGCACAGCAUGCGUGCGUCCGUUUGUACAUGUGUGUUAUGUAAUAGUAAUAGUGGUGGUAGUGGUGAUGAUGGUGGUGGCAGUGGUUGCGGUGAUAGAAAGGGGGUAGUUUAGGGGAUGAUAGGAAUCCUCCUAUGUUGCGUUACAUACAACGGUAAGCCUCGUACUUGGCCGUGAUCGCGUGCAGGUGCGUUCUUGUCCGGCAGGAGAACAUACUUAAUGGAAGAAGAAUAAUGGGAGAGAAGUGAAAGGGGAACUUAAUGGAUAGGCUUACAAUUAGCUAGAGGAAAAUCAGGGAAUAUAUAUGGUUCAACCGAGAUGCUGUGGCACCACGCUGUUCGAGAGAAGGGGACGCAAACGGAGCGAGCGAGAGAGCAAUGAGAUGCUAGUGGUGGGAGAGAAACAGUACAGGAGCGCGCAAGAGAAAGAGAGAGAGAGAGAGCGAUAGAGGAGAGAGAGAGAGAGAGGGAAAGGGAAAGGGAGAGACAGUGAGAGAAAGAGAGAGAGAGAGAGAGUGAGAGAGAGAGAGAGAGAGAGAGAGAGAGAUAGAGAGGGAUGAAGAACGAAGAGGAGAACGGUCCAGUCGCAGUUCCGACGCGGCACCGCGCGCGUCAACUUCGGAUUAGGUAGUAGAGACAGACACGAGGUAUCAGAAAUUCGUGCAUGAUAUUUCUUUUUUCCCCUUUUGUCUCUCACUGGUUCAACGUCCACUCUUACGUUUAUUAAGCCGUCGUUCGUUUUUUUUUCGGACGUGUUGGAACAAAAUGGAAAUUUUCAUAUAAAUAUAUAAUUCCGUGCGUUCGACUCGGGUGGGAGAAAAACACGCGAAGAAAAAGUCAUAAAUAAUACGGUCGAUUGUUUCCCUCUCUCCUCCCUCUCCCCCUCCACCUCCGCCUCCAUCCUCUCUAUUUCUUUUUUUUUUUUUUUCUAUUUCUUUCCUCUUUCUUUCUCUUCUUCUUCUCUUCUUUUAAGAGCACGCGUGUGUUCUCUUCGAAGUAUACACGCAUACGUUUGCACGCAUUCGUACAUAUAUACGCGUGUGUAUAAAUAUAUAAAGAGAUGUGUAUACGAGACCAUGCGUUAAGUUAUAAUUAGCUUCGAGCGUGUUUCUCAUCUUCUUUCUAAAAGAAGGAGGAGAUAGAUAGAUAGAUAGAUAGAGAGAGAGAGAGAGAGAGAGAGAGAGAAAAAGACAAAGCUUCUUCAGCUGGGAAGCUCCGAUUUUGACUUUCAACGUCAUUCAAGCAAGCAUACGAGUAAGCAAGCCGGUCGCUUAGUUAGUCCUCUCUGUAUGUAUACAACACGUACGACACGAACAAUUUUGAUAUAUUCCUUGAGAAAAUAGACAGUGGGACAAGGUCAUAGAGAGAUACGAAGAAGACGACGAAUUGAACGAAGAAUUUUGUUGAUCUUUAAUAAUCUACGAACGAUUAUUAUUUCUUCUCAAUUGAUGAUCUAUGACAUUUCUCGAUCUUGUUCAAGAGAGCAAUAACACGAAGAAAGUGAAGAGGAAAAGGAAAAUUACUCCAGCGAGGAUAUUUUAUGGAUAAAAAGAAAGCGGUAGAAUACAUAGUACGGGCUUCGAUUUUCGAGCUUCCGACGUUCGUCUCAGCGUUGGAACCUCGUGAAACGACGUGAAAGGGUAGUGCGAAUGAGGCGAACGCUUUCAAACCGAUGAGAUGACAGUGCUGUGCGUGCUGUGGGCUACUCUGUCCACUGUGGCAUCGAUCCUAGCGUGUUCCGGCUUUUAUUUGCCUUAUUGGAUACAGGGACGACUGCUGGGAAAGGCCGACGCGUACUUCAGUUCCUUUCGGCGUUGCAACUAUCCACGAAUCAGGGCACCUAACGCUACACCUGAGAUAGUUUACGAGUGUGCUCGGUACUCUAGUUUCUGGGAUAUACCAAGCGCAUGGUGGCAAGCUAGCACGGUAACGAUGGGGAUUGGUGUAUCGAUUGCUGUGAUCGGUGCAUUGACUCUUUUAGCAGCAGCAUCUUCUUUUCUACCCCAUAUACUAAGGACUCCAAAGCAUACUAGAUUACUUGGUUCCAUACAUUUCAUAGCCGCUACAAUGAUAUGUGGUGGUUUGGUGAUGUACCCCAUUGGAUGGGACAAUCAAGAAGUACGUGAGUCCUGCGGCAAAGCUGCGAACGUGUACAAUCUCGGCAAAUGCUCAUUGUCCUGGUCCAGUCAUCUCCUCAUCGGUUCGGUAAUCUUGCUGAUGCUGUGCUUCGGUCUGAGUUUCUGCGCUGCCCGACACAAGCCGUCACACUCGCACACGGAUCCCCUGCGCAUUUGACAAUCGAUUCGCGCCUACUCCUCGCCGAAGACGACGACAACCACUCUCUCCUUCGUCACAGUCUGUUGAUCGUCACUCUGUAGUCAACCGAUAACGUACGUACAUACGUACGUAUCUCUGUGUAUGUUCACCUGUCUGUAUGUCUGUAUGUAUGUGCGUGCAUGCGUGUGUGUGUGUGUGCGUGAGUUUGUGUGUCAGUGUGUGUAUCUACAUACUACAUCGAAUAAGCAGUAACGUGACUACGAAAUUUGUAUUUCAUCGAGAAAUAGCAUCGAUUCUCUAUUCCCGUUGCUUCUUCGAAUAUUGUCACGUAGUAUGUAUACUCGCGAGGAUACGAAAUUGAUUGUUCUUUUUAAGAGUUUCUAGUGUAUGUAUGUAUCUUUAUGUAUCUAUGUAUGUGUGCCAUCCUUUGGCGUGUGUAUGUGUGUGUAUGCGCGUAUGGACGUAUGACUUAAUAGAUAGAAAAAAUAAGAAGAAGACAAAGAUGUAUCUAAUGUAAGAGUUGAGUAUAUGCGAUUUUAAUAAUCGCACUUGUCAUAUUGAGUCCGUUUCCGAGUCGCCAUUCUACUUAAGACUCUCCUAUCAUUUCCUUCUUUUCCUUAUUUUUAUCAACGUAAGAGGAAUUCUCUCGGAAAAUCAAAUGAAAUGAAUCGAUUUGAUUUCUUUUCUCUCUCUUUCUCUCUCUCUCUUUCUCUCUCUCUCUCUCUCUAAGGCUUUUUUCAUUCUUUAAAUAUUUCCAUUCAAAAAUUACCUAAGGCAAAAUGAACGAAUACUUUCUCUAAAAUCGAUCCUCACAAAACUGCCUUUGGCUCUUGUGCAUAGCGUAACGUAGAAUAGCACAGUAUUGCAUCGCAUUGGAGAAGGAAUUUUGGCUCUUACCUUCUCUCAUGUUGGCAUCCUUUUUCCACUUUUGCUCCCGGCAUUCGAACUCAUUCGAAUCCUUUCGUUUUGUGAAGAUUUGAAUUCCUUUAUAAACCACUCUUGAGAAAAAGAGAGAAACUAGUUUCUUUUUUCUCUUUCCUUUUCUAUUCAUCCAUCUAUCUGUCUUUCUGAGGUUGCUUUUAAAAGCUAGCCGCAGGUAGAUUUCCGUCUUUUCGUGAGAAAGAGUAAGAGAUAAAGAGAGGGAGAGAAAGAAACAGAGAGAGAAAGAGAGAGAGAGAGAGAGAGAGAGAGAGAGAGAGAGAAAUGAAAU